AUGUGGAGAGUGAAAGUGAGCAUUGUGAGGCUGUGGAAGCAAUACUCUGCUGCUGGAGGUCUGACCAUUGAGAUGGUUCUCAUUGAUUCCAAUGGAGAUAAGAUCCAUGCGAGUGUGAAGAAAGAAUUGGUUAACCAGUUCGAUCACCAGCUUGAGCAGGGGAAAACUCUGACUUUCACUAAUUUCUCUCUGAAUCAUUCGGUUGGCUCAUACCGGACGACAAACCAUCUUUACAAGAUCAGUUUGUUGGCCACAACGCGUGUGAGAAGUUGUGAGGCUUUGCCUGUAGGUUUAAAUGGUUUUACACCCGUGAACUUCCAGGAAGUUCUUGAUGGUAGUCUUAACCCCGACUUUCUAAUUGAUGUAAUCGGACAUGUUGUGGAAGUUAGCCAUGUUGAAAUGAUUCACGUGAACGGAAAGGAAACCCAGAAGCUUUCACUUGAGCUACGUGAUCUGGCGGAUGUCCGUCUUCCGAUGGUCUUGUGGGGAAACUUUGCUUCGGAUGUCACGAACGCUAUACAGUUACGUGGUGAGGGUCGUGUGAUCUUGGUGUUGAGAUUCGGCAAGAUUAAGGUUUGGAAAGAUGAUCGUUCCGUUUCAAACGCUUACAAUGUCUCUGAUGUCCAGCUCAAUCCCAACAUGGCGGAGGUCGACGCAUUUAGGGAAAUGUUACCAGCUGAUGAACUUCAAUUGGCUAUUGUUGAACCAAAGCCAUUAACUGUGGCUUCUGGUGUCUCAGUGAAAGAUGAUUUUUUCAUCCAUACUCCAAGGAAAACCAUCGCUGAGAUGAUUGAAUGUCGUCAGGUGGAGAAGUGUAUUGUUAUGUGCACCAUUUCGGCCAUUGAAACAGACAUGGGGUGGUACUACUUAAGUUGUAAACCCUGUGACAAAAAAGUUAUGUACAUGCCCCCUCUUGUGGCCGGUGAUCACGAAGAUGAUGACCUCCAGAGGUUUAAACUCUACUGCCCUAAGUGCAAGAGUUACGAACCUAAGCUCCUUCCAAGGUACAAGUUGCAUUUGGUUGUCCUUGACCAUACCGGCAAUUCCAAGUUUCUCCUAUUUGACCAUCUUGCUCUGCAGUUGGUCAAUCAACCUUGCAUUGAGCUAACCGUACCGAUUACUGAUGAGGUACAGGACCCGGAUGUUCUACCUCUGGCUUUGCAAAACCUGAUUGGUAAGACCUAUUUGUUCAAGGUUGAAAUUAUGCGAGAAAACUUUGUGUACAAGCAUGACACCUUCAAAGUGAACAAGAUAAUCACUAAUCUCGCUAUUAUCAAUGAGUUUGACACACCCAAGGCCCCAAAGGAACCAAGCACGCAGAUCAGUAGGGGCCAUGAAUAUUCUGUUGUCUCCGACGCACCUGAGGGAUCCUUAAUGUUGUUGGAAGAAGGGUCGUCGCAGGAAUGCUUUCCGAGUGAUCUUACCCCUGCUAAGCGUCGAGGAGGACCUGCCGUGAAUCUGGAGGAAGAGUUUGAUCAGAACUCGGUUACAAAAACCAGCAUCAGUACACGAGUGAAGAAGGAGAAGGUUGACAAAAGUGGCUAG